UUUUUCCCCCCUCGCCAGUUGCAAGACGGCUCGGCUCCGGCUCGCGCUUUUGCGCACGGCAGACGCGCCUUCUCUCCGCGCCCUGGUUCCCGGCUGGAUUAUUCCUUUUACCAAGUGAGCUCCGGGCUGGAAUUUCUAUCUUUCUGUCUUGGCGGAGUUAAUUCUCUCUUUUCUUUCCGCCGCAUUUUACCCGGUUCUGUAACCGGGUGGAUUUAAGCGCUGUUUGAGUUUGAAGAGGAGAAUCGAGAAAAGGCAUGAAGACUCAACUGUCGGUGUAAUAAUUGCAGAGCCCAGAUAGCAUGGUGGGACUCGCAGCACUUUGCUUGCUGCUCUCAGCGUCUCUUGGUGCCUCGGAGUUGGAAGAGCACUUUGAUCCAGGUGAGUUGGAUCCAGCUAAGUGCCGCUAUGCAUUGGGCAUGCAGGAUCGCACCAUCCCGGAUGAGGCCCUCUCAGCCUCCAGCUCGUGGUCUGACUCGACGGCCGCCAAACACAGCAGGUUGGCGUUGAGCGAGGGAGAUGGAGCCUGGUGCCCUGCAGGGCCCGUCUACCCAAACGAUGCAGAGUACUUGGAGAUAGACCUGCGGCGGCUGCACUUCUUAACCUUGGUGGGCACGCAGGGUCGCCAUGCUAGCGGACACGGCAAAGAGUUUGCCCGCUCAUACCGGCUACACUACAGCCGGGACGGUCACCGCUGGAUGCCUUGGCGUGACCGGUGGGGCAACGAGGUGAUUUCAGGAAAUGAAAAUACAGAAGAAGUGGUGCUGAAGGACCUGGGCCCCCCGGUUAUUGCCCGUUACGUCCGCUUCUACCCACGUGCGGACCGAGUCAUGAGUGUCUGCCUGCGCGUGGAGCUGUAUGGCUGCAUCUGGAAAGAUGGACUUCAGUCGUACACGGCUCCUCUUGGCCAGGUCAUGCCUCUAGUUCCAGAACCAGUCUACCUGAAUGACUCCACUUACGAUGGGCACAGCGUCAGCAACUUGCAUUUUGGGGGCCUUGGCCAGCUGACCGAUGGGGUGGUUGGCCUGGACGAUUUCACCCACAACAAAGAGCUGCGCGUCUGGCCAGGUUACGACUACGUAGGCUGGAGGAACAGCUCUUUCCCCAAGGGCUUCGUCGAGAUGGAGUUUGAGUUUGACCAGCUCAGAGCCUUCACUUACAUGAAGGUCCACUGCAAUAACAUGCACACGCACGGGGUGAGCGUCUUCCGGCAGGUGGACUGCCUCUUCAAGCGCAGCCUGGCCACGGCCUGGGAGCCCACACCUGUCUCGCAACAACUCGCCGUGGACGUGAAGGAUCCCAGCGCCCGGUCCCUCACGGUGGACCUGGGAGAGCGGCUCGGCAAGUUCGUCCAGUGCCACUUCCACUUUGCCGGCGAGUGGAUGCUCUUCAGCGAAGUUGGCUUUCUCUCUGAAGUUGUGGAUGACCCCUCCUUCUCUGCCUCAAGCCGCCGCCCUCCAGUGAUCGCUCUGCCUCAGCCCUCGGGCCACGACGCUCCCAUCUCCCCGGCUCUGGGUUCUGCGCAGAGCGAAAAAGCCAACAUUGGCUCAAACCUCACGCUCCAAGAUCUGGAAAGUCAAGGGGAACCAAAAUCAGGGCAGCCCAUUGCAAAGGACGACAACAGCAACACCUCCAUCCUGAUUGGGUGCCUGGUGGCCAUCAUCCUUCUCCUAUUGGUUGUUAUCUUCCUCAUCCUCUGGCGGCAAUAUUGGCAGAAGAUCUUGGGGAAGGCGCAACGCCGCAUCUCAGACGACGACCUCACCGUCCACCUCUCGGCGCCAAGCGACACCAUCGUCAUCAACAACACGAUGGGCUCCCACCGGCACUCGAACCGCUACGAGCGCAUCCACUCGGGGGAGACGGAGUACCAGGAGCCCAACAGGGCCCGCAUGAAACUGCCGGAUCUGCCCCACAGCGCUGAGAACUCUGCUCUGCUGCUCAGCAACCCGGCUUACCACCUCUUCCUGGCCACUUAUGCCCAGCCAAUGGGAAGGCCUGCUUUCCCGCCACCCAACCGGGUUAAGCCAGUCAACACCAAUGCGUGUGGCGCUGACUACAUGGAACCGGAAACCGCAGGAAGUCAGCCGGGCUUCCAGAACAACGUUCCGCAUUACGCCGAAGCCGACAUCAUCAACUUGCAAGGGGUGACCGGCGGGAACACCUACGCGGUCCCGGCUAUCGCGGUGGACGCCCUCGCCGGCAAGGACAUGGCGCUGGGCGAGUUCCCCCGGGAGAGGCUCGUCUUCAAGGAGAAGCUGGGCGAAGGGCAGUUUGGCGAGGUCCACUUGUGUGAAGUGGAAAACCCGCAGGACCUUCCGAGCCUGGAGUUCCCUUUUAAUGUGCGCAAGGGGCGCCCUCUGCUGGUGGCUGUGAAGAUUCUACGCUCUGACGCCACUAAGAAUGCCAGGAACGAUUUCCUGAAGGAGGUGAAGAUCAUGUCUCGCCUGAAGGACCUCAACAUCGUCCGGCUCCUGGGCGUUUGCGUGAGAGACGACCCCCUGUGCAUGAUCACGGAGUACAUGGAGAACGGAGACCUCAACCAGUUCCUCAGCGGACAUGAGAUGGAAGACAAGCUGGGCGGGAGCCCCAGUGGGAAGCCGACAAUCGGCUAUCCUACCCUGGUCCACGUGGGGGCCCAGAUUGCCUCAGGAAUGGCGUUCCUUGCCUCCCUCAACUUCGUUCACCGGGAUCUGGCGACGCGGAACUGCCUGGUGGGCGAAGGCUUCACCAUCAAGAUCGCCGACUUCGGCAUGAGCCGGAACCUCUACGCCGGGGACUAUUACCGCAUCCAGGGCCGGGCAGUGCUGCCGAUCCGCUGGAUGGCUUGGGAGUGCAUCCUCAUGGGCAAGUUCACCACAGCCAGCGACGUCUGGGCGUUUGGCGUCACACUUUGGGAGGUGCUUAUGCUGUGCCAGGAGCAGCCCUAUAGCCAGCUCACCGACGAAGCAGUCAUUGAGAAUGCCGGCGAGUUCUUCCGGCACCAGGGCAAGCAGGUCUAUCUCUCUCGUCCACCUGCCUGCCCGCUGGCUGUCUACGAGAUGAUGCUGAGGUGCUGGGCGCGAGAGGCCAAGGACCGCCCCCCUUUCCAACAUCUGCACCGCUUCCUGGCUGAAGAUGCCCUCAAUAUGGUGUGAACCGGAUUGGUGCCGGCCAGCGGAGAUUAUGUUUAAGGACUCUGGUUGCGCCACAGAGACUGCUGAGGGAGGAGGCAGGAUGGAGCUCAAGAGGGCGUCAGGCUCUGGGGUGCCUGCGGGGGGCAUCUUCUCUGCCCAUCCUUGACUCAGCCUUGGUUGGUCCACCCAUUGCUCUCCAUCCACUCCUCAAUAUGACAUUCUCUCUCUCUCUCUCCUCCCCCAUUUCUCCAUCACCCCCCUUCUGCUAAUCUUUAACAGUCUCUCGAACCUCUCAUGAUUCAGCACUGCCAUACAUUUCCAACACAUUUCCCCUUCUCUGUUUUCUGGCCUACCUAUUCACAUACAUACCCAAUUCUCUUCUCGUCCUGGUCCUUCUUUCUAUCUAAUGCAAUUCUACUUGUGAUUCAACCGAUCUGCCUUAAUCUGAACAAACUUCACCAGUACCCACAUGUUGACUGUGUUUCCACUGCAUUCGUUUCAUCCACAGGCCUUUUCUGUUAUUCCCAGUGUGGUGUAGU